UGAGUUUCCUGUCCUCUCGGUUUCCUGUUUAAUAGAAAGGCACCUCAUCUCAGACUAGACACCUUUCAGUUGUAGUGUUGCUCAUUGUGUUUUAUCCUUCCUUCAGUGUAAUAUUUUAAGCUAGAAGAAGGAAAAGGAAAGAAGGAAAAGGUAUUUUAAGAAAAAACGAAAAGGAAAAGGGAAAGCAGCCUCACAUAUCUUAGAAAAACAUCACAUUUUGACUCUCAGCCCAAGAAAGACUGGAGGAGUAGGCAGAGGAGUGGGGCGGAAGCAAAGCAGAACAAGGGAGAGAGAUUUUGAGAAAGACAGUGGGAGGUGGAAAAAAAAGACUGAGCUUAAAAAGACAAACAGUCUUUUGGUGGUUGCUUAUGAACAGAUUGUACCCUAAGGUUGCGUGUGUGUUUCCAUGGUGAUGUCUGGAGGGCAGACCAGCGGAGAGGCUGCUGGUACCAGGCAGCGACACAGGACCAACCUGAACCCGGAGAGAGAAGACCUGGAGGGGCUUUCCUCACCGCCCACUGCCCACAAACUCUCGCCCAUGUACCCCAAGGAGGAGCACAGCGCAGGGGGCAUCAGCUCCUCUGUCAAUUACCUUGAUGGAGCCUAUGAGUACCCAGACCCCACACAGACCUACGGCACCACGUCACCCGCAGAGCCUGCCUCUGUCGGAUACUACCUGGCUCCCACGGACCCCCACGCACCCCCCGUCGAAGAACAUCUGCAGACGUUCGGCGGCGAAUCCAGCAGCCCUCUCAUGUUUGCACCCACCAGCCCUCAGCUGUCCCCGUACCUGAGCCAUCAUGGAGGACACCACUCGACCCACCAGGUGUCCUACUACCUGGACACCUCGUCUAGCACAGUCUACAGGUCCAGUGUGGUGUCUUCUCAGCAGGCAGGUGUUGGUCUGUGUGAGGUGUUGUGCAGUGCGACUGACAGGCAGGAGAUGUACACCGGAUCAAGAGCUGCAGGAGGAUUUGAUUCAGAGAAGGAGACGCGCUUCUGUGCGGUGUGCAGUGACUAUGCCUCCGGCUAUCAUUAUGGAGUCUGGUCCUGUGAGGGAUGCAAAGCUUUCUUCAAGAGAAGCAUUCAGGGUCACAAUGACUAUGUUUGUCCAGCAACCAACCAGUGCACUAUUGACAGAAACCGCAGGAAGAGCUGCCAAGCAUGCAGACUACGCAAGUGUUAUGAAGUAGGCAUGAUGAAAGGAGGUAUUCGUAAGGACCGCGGUGGCCGCGCUAUCAGGCGUGAGCGGAGGAAGAGCGAUAAUGAGGAUCGUGACAAGAGCUACAGUGAGCAGUCAAGCCGUGUCGGACUGAGGACAGCUCAGGACAAGAGGAAGAAGAGCAGCGGCGGGGUGGUCAGCGCUUUAUGCAUGCCACCUGACCAGGUGCUGGUGUUGCUUCUGGGUGCAGAGCCACCGGCUGUCUGUUCACGUCAGAAGCACAGCCCCCCGUACACCGAGAUCACCAUGAUGUCCCUGCUCACAAACAUGGCUGACAAAGAACUCGUCCACAUGAUCGCCUGGGCUAAGAAAGUACCAGGGUUCCAGGACCUCUCUCUGCAUGACCAGGUUCAGUUGUUGGAGAGCUCUUGGCUGGAGGUGUUGAUGAUCGGCCUCAUAUGGAGAUCCAUUCAUUCACCUGGAAAACUCAUCUUUGCUCAGGAUCUCAUCCUCGAUAGGAAUGAAGGAGAAUGCGUCGAGGGGAUGGCUGAGAUUUUCGACAUGCUUUUGGCGACUGUGGCUCGAUUACGCAGCCUAAAACUCAAGCUGGAGGAAUUUGUAUGUCUUAAAGCCAUCAUACUUCUCAAUUCUGGUGCAUUUUCAUUCUGCUCCAGUCCAGUGGAGCCCCUGAUGGACAGCUUCAUGGUGCAGUGCAUGCUGGACAACAUCACUGAUGCCCUCAUUUACGGCAUCAGUAAAUCCGGUGCCUCUCUGCAGCUGCAGUCCCGGCGUCAGGCGCAGCUCCUGCUACUGCUCUCCCACAUCAGACACAUGAGCAACAAAGGAAUGGAGCACUUAUACCAUAUGAAAUGUAAGAAUCGAGUCCCGCUGUAUGAUCUUUUGCUGGAGAUGCUGGAUGCCCAGCGAUUCCAAUCCCCAGGAGAGGUGCAGCGACUGGGGGCACAGAGUGAGAAAGACCCGCCGUCUACACCAUCCACCAGAGGACCUGAAGCCAUGCAGCCCAACACUGCCUGUCUCAGCCAAAGUCCAGACCCCUGA